AAAGCUAGACUUGUCUCUUUGCUGCCGUGAGCUUGUGCGCCACAGCUUUGCCGUCGGGGCUCUCGCACUUGAUGAAACUCAAUCAAAUAAUCCUCCAUCGCCGUUAGUCACUUGCCGCAUCCUGUGCGUGUCGUCGAUGUCUUGAUCCCCCUUGUCGUGGCCUGAAUUCCGUUUUUUUGUGCGAAAUUGAAGCUCGGGGCUCGAAGCUAAAGCUGAAAGAAACGACGUGAUAGAGUUUCGGUUCGGACUCUUUUUUCAGUUUGAUCGUCGCUGGGCUGAGGAUUUCGCGUGAGAGAUUCAGCGGUGUUCGAUUCCUGGAUGUCUGCGCGCGAAGGAUUUUUUUUUUUUUUUUUUUUUUUUUUUUCCUCUCAUGCUUUCUGCUGUAAUAUUCGGGGCAUUGGAGAGUGCUACUGCCGGCGAGGGGGAGCUUUCUUGCUAUUGUUGAUGGCGGGAUGGUGCGAGAGAUGGGAUUGGUAGCGUAAUGCCGAGUCUCGCGUUGAUUAUUGUGGAUUUGAGGUUUUAGGAGUGCGGGAUUGAAGUGAGAAGAAAGGAGUUGGCAAGAUGGCCACCCAGACGUCGUUCCUUACGUCCCUGGUGACUUCUUUCGUAGUGUUUUGUGUGUUAAUGUUAGUGUAUUUUAUACUAUCUCGUCGGCCAGGAAACGCUCCGGUCUACUAUCCUCUUCGUAUCCUCCGGGGCGAGGAUGGAGCAGUGGCGGCCAAACGCCGAGGACCAUUCUCAUGGAUCACAGAGUCUUAUAGAGCUACAGAUGCAGAAAUCGUUGCUGCUGCAGGCUUAGAUGCUGCGGUUUACAUUCAUCUCUUCACUGCAGCUGUGGAGAUUAUUGGGUUGUCGGCGCUAUAUUGUAUACCUGUCCUGGUUCCUCUGUCGUCAACAAGCAGCUACAAUCAACAGCAACUCAGGACGACAGGCAAUUUCACAUAUCAAAAUUUUGACAAUUUAGGGAUGGCUAAUGUCGAGCCAAACAGCAGGAAGAUAUGGGCAUUUCUCAUUGGAAUGUUUUAUGUUUCUAUGGUGGUCUACUUCGUCUUAUGGAGAUCGUACCGUUGGGUCGUGGACUUGCGUGAUCGAGAAAUCGCUUCCUCGAACGCUCGACCUCAACAGUUCACUGCGCUGGUUAGAGAUAUUCCGAAGCCGAUGGGAAAGGAAACUCGUGCCCAGCAAGUAGAGAGCUUCUUCGCAAGAGUUCAUCCGGGCGCUUAUAAUCGAGUGCAACCUGUUUAUAACAUCAAACCGGUCGAGAAGCUCUUCAGCGAACGUGAAGACGCUUUGCGAAAACUCGAGCAUUCUGAAGCAGUUUGGGAGUUGUCAAAGCAAAAGGGUAACGGCGAUGGAGAGCGGCCUAUGCACAGGAUUGGAUUCAUGGGCUUGUGGGGCCGAAAGGUCGAUUCUAUCGACUACUGGAGACAGAAAAGCGAGGAAAUGAAACCCAAACUUGAUGCCGAGCAGUCUCGAACUCGCCAUGAUCUAGAGCAAGAUGCUGCGUUCGUCAUCUUCAAUGACCGGCGCACUGCCGCCGAAGCUUCUCAGGUGGUACAUGCACCUCACGCUCUGUUUUGGAAGGUAUCGCAAGCACCCGAACCCGAGGAGGUUGUGUGGAACAAUCUGCACAUCCAUGCAUGGAAUCGUGCUAUGAGAAGAAUCAUCGUCUCAGUUAUCACCUUCUUCUUGGUCAUAUUCUAUAUGAUUCCUAUAGCGUUCGUUGCGGGGCUCACAACCCUUGAGAAUCUGGAGAAACUUCUGCCUUUCACCAGUAACAUCACCAAGAUCCCAGUCGUCGGAGCCAUUGUCCAGGGAUAUUUACCCCAACUAGCGCUUCUUCUCUUUCUCUUUCUUCUGCCCAAGAUUAUGAUGGUGCUGUCGCACGCUGAAGGUUUCCCGUCUCAGUCCCAAGUAGUGCGCUCUGCCUCGUCGAAAUAUUUCUACUUCAUCAUCUUCAACGUGUUCCUCGGAGUUACCAUCUUCGGCGCUGUCUUCUCGAACCUCAGCAGUGUCAAAAUUCUCGUGCAACAGAGCCAGCUCUCAGCCAACAAAGUGGUGACGCUUUUGGGUUCCAAGCUGCCUCCAGUUGCUAGUUACUACAUAACAUAUGUCGCUCUCAGGUUCUUCAUUGGUUACGGUUUGGAAUUGUCCCGUCUGAUUCCUUUAUGCAUCUUUCACUUCAAGCGCAAAUUCAAGUGCAAAACCGAGCGGGAGCUCAAAGAGGCAUGGGCACCUGGGGCUUUCACAUACCACAAAAGCAUCCCCAAUGAUUUGCUCAUCCUCACAAUUUCUCUCUGCUACUCUGUGAUCGCCCCCAUGGUCAUUCCCUUUGCCUUCACGUACUACGUCCUGGGAUGGUUUGUCCAGCGCAAUCAGGCUUUGAACGUUCACGUUCCAGACUUCGAGAGCCAUGGUAGCAUGUGGCCCCAUAUCCACAACCGAAUCCUAGCAGCGCUCUUUGUCGCUCAAAUCACAGCUCUCGGUUACUUCGGAGUCAAGGAGUUCCUCUUCACCCCCAUUCUGAUUAUCCUUCCCGUCGCCACAGUCAUUUUCUACAUGUUCUGCAAAAAGAACUACUAUCCGUCUAUCGUGGUGGUGUCGCUUUGGACGGCAGCUGAAACGCCCAAGUCUCGGCCAUCCGAGGGAGCCAUCGCCUACGAGUAUACACCCUCGUGUUUGCAAGAGGGGCAUCCAGGCAUCCGCGACAGGCGUUCAAACUUAGCAACACAGUUCAACUCCACAAUCAAUGCAGUUGUUUAGGCCCUUGAGCCGUGCUCCGACGGUCGAUCAAAACUCGGUGCCACAGGAGCUCAUUCUUUCGGAACACCCAGAACUCACAUGUGGGUUCAACCCUGUUGUUGUUGUAGAAAUCAAAGAAGUCAUCAAAGAGCAAGGUCACAAAUUUGAAUUGCAAAUGCACAGCAGUUCUGAUCAAGUCUGGACAUAGCACAAAGGGAAGCAGCGAAAUAUCAGGGGCUAGAAUCGAUCCCCAUUUGAGCCAUGGUCUUCUUCUGGUUGGCUUGUGCGGAGAGCACCUUUGCAGCAAUCUCACCUUCGACAAUCCGUGCAUCUUGCGUUUCUGACCGACUUCUGACUUGCUAUUGUGCAAAAACCAAGCAUCUUUCUGCCUUCCGAGCAUGUGAAUAAGUGAUUGUUGGUGGAGUCAUGGGUGUUCUCGUCUGCUGCUUCCGGGACCAUGUGGAUCGCAUCGUGUGCUGGACAAAGUUGUCUCCGAAACCGCCGUGGAUUUUAUCACCGACACUGUAUCCUAUGUACUUUGUACCCUUCUAUACUUUUCACGCAUUUUUUUAUUUUUUAUAGUCUUCGUGUUCAUCUUCGGUAUUAAGAAAGAACUUUGUAUAUCUGUGUAUUAGUGAAAUCGUUUGAGCUGAAGUUAUUUAUUGGUGACUUCAAUUGAAAGUUGGAAAAAUGCCAAGAUCGUGUGCAUCCGAUGCACAACGUGCUUAUAUUGGUGUGUGUUGAAAUUUUAACUUCUAAUGUGACAUUAAAGUUCAUAAGUACUGCUUGGAAAACUUAUUUUUAUUUUUAC